ACGAUGUUCAUCAUCAUCACCAUCAAAAGCUUGAGCUCAAAACCAGAAGCAUAGCUUGUGUUAUAUAUGUGACUGAAUGGAAUUGUCAAUUGAAUAUAGUGAGACUCUGUAUAUACUACACUAUAGAAUAUGAUGAUAGAUUCUGUUCCAUUGAUUUUGAUUGUUGUUGUUUUAUAUUCAUCAUCAUCAUUCUCAUUCAUGUGACCCGUCAUGAGAGGAUCCAUCUAAAUGUUAGAUGUUUUUUUUUGUCCGAUAAAAAACAAAUUUUUUUUUGUUUACUUUAUUGUUUAUUUAUAUGUUUUACGUUUUUUUCCCAUUCAUUUCGAACGUGGACGUUCAAUUGCCACAUUAGACAGCCAUGUCUUUUUUCAAUACAACAUUGAAACGUAAUUCAAAACUAGAUUUGAGUAGACCUGAUCUACUUAAAUUAGUAUCAAUGCUUGAAGGUGAAUUACAGGCACGUGAAAUUGUCAUAGCUGUAUUGAAAUCUGAACAAAUCAAACGACUAUUGAAUCCAAUAGUAGUUGGUUCCAUGAUACAACCAAUCAGUGGCUUUAAAACAACCAAACAAAUUGAUCAUUGUACACCGAAAAAUAAUAAUAAUCAAACAGAAUUGACAGCUGAACAAACAAUAAAAUACUCAUCCGAUCCAUUGAUUGCAUUAUCACGUGAUUCAUUAGCCAUUUAUGAACCAUCAUUGGAAUAUCCAACAACAUUAGCAUUGUAUAAUAUAAAAACAUUUCAAUUAGAAAAUCUAAUCAAUAAUCAACGGCGAUUACAUGCGAAAACAAAUGAUCGUUUAAAAUUAUUGGAAAAUCAAUAUGAAAAUAUGCUCAACGAACUUGAAGUGGAGAGAAGAAAAAAUGGACAAUAUGAAAAAGAUUUUGAAAAUUAUGAUCGUAUUAAACACGAGACAAAGAUACAAGAAUUAAAUCAACAAUUGAAUGAAACCAAAGAUCAUAUGAAACAAAUGAUAAUGACUUUAUUAUAUGAACGUAAACAAUUGAUUUUGAAAUUGAUUGAUGAAAAACAUCAUAAUGAACAACUUGAACAAACACUUACGACGGAAAAAGGAAAAAUGGCCGAAAUGGUCGAAGGUCUUGAAGAUGAAAGUAAACGAUCAUUACAGAUGGAAGCUGAAUUGGAAAAAUAUCUAAAUGAUUUUGAUAAAGAACGACAAGAAUUUCAUUCACAACUGCAAGAAAGUGAAGCAAAAAAUGUUGAAUUAAUUGCUGAAAAUGAUCGUUUACGUAAUAUGGUCGAAUCAUUACAGGCUCAAUUGCAAGCGACGACCGGUAAAUGUAUAGCAUCGAAAUCUCUCAACAGCAAUAUUGUUGAUCAAGAGAAAUGGAAUCUUGGUGAAGGUGUUCGUUCAUCGAUUGUAACAACAACACCAGUUGGUCCAAAAGUUCAAUCACUUUCUUCCGUUAAUCCAGUAUUUCAUCCAAAAGCUAGUGUUGCUCAACCAAUUCCAAUUACUGCAGCAGCUAAUAAAACAAUUACUGGUGCUAGUCCAGCAUCCAUAUUAACUACUACCGCAACUAUAGCAGCUAAAAGUAUUCAUACACAAGAUACGAAUCUGAAUAACAGCAGUAAUAAUACAAUAAUAUUACCACCGCCAUCGAUACCUGCUCCACAACCCAAACAGCAACCGAAUCAUCAUUGUACGAUGACAAAUUCUUGUACGAAAAAUAAAAUGUCCACAACAGAAGUAGCUGACAAUAUAACUAUCAUCAACAACAAUAACAAUAAUGAAAAUGAUUCGAAAUUAUCAUCAUCAUCCAAAUCCUUGGAUACAUCUGUCAAGCAAACAGUCAUGUUCUAUGAGAAUUCUGCCAAAACAACAUCUAUAUCGACCACGACGACGACGUCAACAACAACAACAUCAUCAUCAUCAUCAAUAUCGACAACAGGAACAAUGGUUAAAAAACCAACGACCGGUCCACGACCAACACCACCACCGAUACCGCCAAAUAAACCCUCAAUUAAGCCAGUUCUUCCUCAUCAAGCGAUAUUAUCAUCAUCAUCAUUUAAUAAAACAAAUAUCAACAACAAUAAUAAUAAAGAUUCGAAUGCAAUAACAAAUAACAAUAAUAAGAUUAAUAAUUCACCACAGACUACUUCAAGCAAAACUAAUAAUAACAAAAGUAAUAAUGGUCAACAAAAACAAGGAACUAUGACAACAUCUAUUUUAAAAAAGUUAAGUUUUGAUGGAAAAAGCUGAAAUUAAUCAUCAUCUUCAUACACUGAUUAAUAUGUUUCCGAACCAAAAAAAAAAAAAAAAAACUCAUUUCAUUUCUGUUUGUUUGUUUCACACAUACAUCACACAUUUGAUAAAUCAUUUGUAUUAGAAUUUCUAUACACUACACACUUUUUUUAAAUUAUCAAUCAACAACAUUUAAUUAAAAAAAUUUUUCUCUCUAAUUAAGAUUUUUUUUAGUGACAA